UCUCCUUCCACACACAUUAUUAUUCCCUUCCCUUCUCUCCCUCUUUUUUCCGUUUCUCUGUGAGACAUCCUUCCUCCCCUCUUUCUCCCUAAUCGCAAUCCCUCUUCUUUCUUUCUCUAUCCACUUCACACGGCGGCGCAACACCCGUCCUCUCCUUCCCAUCUAUAUUCUCCGCCCCUCGUUCUCCCAACCAACACCGCUUCCUCCCUCUUCCUAACACCAUCAAUAACCACAUCUAUAUUUCUCUCUCUUCCAUCCAUUUUUGUUUUAAAUUUUUAAUUAUUAUUCUUAUUUUCCUUUUUCUAUUUUCUUCACGUCACUUUCUUAUCCUCUAAUUUCUUCGUUCUUUAAUUAUUUUCCUUAGUGACUUCUUUCGUUGUGGACCCCGCUUUUCCAUUAUAUUUUCAUUUUCGGUUCGAACAACGAAAGAAUGUAGGGGAAUUUAUCGGUUUUACUUCUUUGCCCCUCUCUAAACCCCACGAAGAAGAGAACGUCGCGUCCAAGAGUAUUUUAGUUGUGUUGUUUUUACGUGGCAUAAUCUAAGGCCAUGAUGAUGAGUCAUUACCAUCACCGCAGGAUGCUGCCACCUGGCAACACCAGAAAGCGCAAGCUCGCAGACGAAGCUGACAAGCCGAUUGAGCCGAAAAACACUAAUCGGCUCCUAGCUGGAUACCUGGCUCACGAGUUCUUAACCAGAGGGACCUUGUUUGGGCAGAAGUACGAGCCUGAAUCGGGUGAGAUCUCGGCUGUUGUGGACCCGAAGAAGAGCCAGCCGAAGCAGUUGGUGCAAGCCGCGGAACCGAGCCGAGACCUGGUGAGGAAGAAGGUGCAGAAGGAGCAGGAUAGUUACGGUGAGGUUGCGAGCAUAAUGAAGACGGAUGGGAUCCACAUAAAGGGAAUCGUGAACCCCACGCAGCUCUCACGAUGGAUCCACAUGUGAGAUUCUUCAUUCUUGGGUUCGCGCGUCGGCUUCGUGGUGACGUAGCGGAUUUUGAUUGGAUGGUUGUGUAUGGAGAAAGAAACGUCUUGGUUUUUAAGGUAUCGUCACUCGCGGCGAGCGCGUGAGUCAUUUGCGGUUAACUGCUGCUGCAUAGUGCACAAGGUUAGUUUUGAUAUUUGAAGAGUGGGUAGAGUUGCGCGGUGUUGUUGUUGAGAAAGAACGAUGUUUGUACUUGAAAACUGUAUUUUAUUUUCUUAUUCUUCAAUCUUCUCGAUUAGUUUGUGUUUAAUCAAUUCUUA